UUUUCUCAGUGACUAAAUGACUACCUAAGAAAUAGAACCUUGUGGUACCAGUGACUACUUACAGGAGUGACAGAUAGGCAGAGAGAGGGAAAGGGAGAGAGACAGAGACAGAGAGAUAGAAAGAGAAACAGAGACAGACAAAGAGACAGAGACAAACAGACAGACUGAGAGAGAGAGAGAGAAAGAGAAAGAGAGAGAGGACACCAUCAAUGUUAUACAGUAUAAGGAAGAGGAAAUUGAAUCAUUUUAAGUCCUGUUAUUUUGAAACUUUUCACUCAGCAUGCUUCUGUUUUAGAGAAAACAGUUAAACAUCAGCCUGACAUUUCUCGAGCCACCCACCCUCAAUCAAAGAUUUCACUUUCUUUAGCCUUGAAGCACUGCAGUUGGGCUUAUCUUCCACCUCUGGAGAGCACUGGAGGAAAAGGGCUUUCUACACUUUUCUUCUCCUGGCAGAAAGAUAACCUAAAGAAAUGGUAUUUUAGAGCAAGCAGCCUGCUCCAGUAGAUGGAUUACAAUACGUGGCUGAGGUCUGAGGAGUCGCCAGGACUGGAGGUGCGUGAACAUUUUGUAAUGUCAGGAGCUGAGAUCCUCUGUCUGACUGGUGAAAUAAUCUAGGAGAGUCACUACAUGCUGCCAAUAAGCUAAGUGCUGCUUUCGCAAACGUGUUGCGCUUCAUCCUGAGGAGCCGACAGAGAGCAAUUUGCAAUAAAGUUCCCCAGGUCUACUCCUAAUGGCCUACUCCUUGGCUGAUCUUGUGGCCUUUAUUUGGAUAUCAAUAUUAUUGACCUCAGCAUGCUGCCUGACACAGGAACAAGAGGAACUUGCAGCCAAAGUACCAGGCCUGUCAGUCACAACUCCAAAAAAAGAUCUGAGGAAAAUGGAGUUAACCUGGCACAACAGUGACAAUACCACGACGCCCACCGAUGUAAAGAAAACACACAAUUCGCCAGUGAUGGACAAGAACUAUAUCAAGAAAUUUUGCUGUGGCUUCUCUAAUUGUAAUUUGAGUCAUGAAGAUAUGUUUAUAUAUUCUCAGACUAUACAUCAGAACACAUCCAAAAAAGAAUUCAUUUUUAAUGACACUGGAGAAGAUACAGCUGCAAAAAACUUCUCCUGUUAUAUUUACAAAGUUUAUUUCAUGAAUUGCACUUGGACAGUAGGCAGAGCAGCUCCAAAUGAUGUGCAAUAUUACCUUUAUUCACAGAAUGCCAAGAAAGUAAAAGAAAAAGAAUGUACUAGUUACAUAAAAGAUUCCCAGAAGAGGCAUGUUGGAUGUCACUUUGACAAACUUGAUGGAUUCGUAGGCAAAGGUUACUUCCUUGUAACUGGUACCAGCAAAAGAAGAAAAAUCAAAAAUUUUUGUUCUAAGACAAUUUCACUACUUUCAAUAGAAAUUUGGGUUGCACCAUCUAAUAUCACUGUGAACUGCUCCAAGUCAAAUUGUCUCAUACAGUGGCAGAAACCGGAAACAAGAGAUCAUAUUGGUCACUCUGAGUUUAAAUACCAGCUCUACAUACAAAAACAGGACUCACAGUACACUCAUAAAAAUCUGUUUGAGGUACAAGGAUCUGCAAAAAAUGAAUAUGACUUCCGAAAUUAUGACAUGGGAACAAAGUAUAUCUUGAAAAUAAGAGCAAGUCGUCGAGAUGGGAAAUGGGGUGAAUGGAGCAAACCUGUAGAAUUUGGAAGUUCUGAAGAACAAAAAAGAAGUUCUAUAUAUAUUUAUGUAUUGGUAGUAUUGGGGACAGCUGUCUUUGCAUUAAUUAUCAUAUUUGUCUUUAAAAGGUACUAUGUCAUGCAAAGGUUAUUCCCCCGGAUUCCUCAGAUUAAAGACAAAAUAAAUACCUGUAAUCACUUGGAUAAACAGAUGUGGAAAAUGAGGUCCAGAGACAUUAUGUUGAAGGUAUUUCAAAUUACUACCCUGAUGAACUUUGUAUUCUAAUUCAACAACUCUACUAGCUGUUUUAUAUACUCAACAUGCCAUCUCCCACUUUUGUGCCUCUGAACUAGCUGUCCUCCAUUCCUACAAUGCAUUCUCUACCUACUCAUCUCUACCUCUUAGAAUCUCUAGCUCUUUCAAGGUCCAGCUCAAGUGGCCUUUAGGGUGCAAAAUCUUUGCUGAUUCCCCUUGAUUGUUAGUACCCAUUCCUUCCUGUAGUUAUUUGCCUAUGAGAAGGAUACUGUCCUUUUAAGUUUCUGCAAUUACUGAAGCAGUUACUUUAAUGAUAGUUUCUGAGGCAGUUGUUGGUUUUUAAUGUGACAAGCUAUAAUAUACUUUGGAGCUUUGAAUACCAGAAUCAUUCUAUGAUUAUGGAACAAAUAUAAUUUAUGCAACCAUAAAGAGAGCUGAGAAUUUGGUUACCAGCCAUAAACUGAAAAUGAGGAUGGCAUUCUCAGAACCAAUAAAAAUAUGAGUGGUGAGAAAAAAAAUGAAACAGAACAGAAAAUGAAAGAACCAAUCUCAGGACUACAUCAGCUAACCUUGAAGCUGGAAGUGAUUGCUGUUGUGUUUGAAGAAUAAGUCCAGCUGAUCAGAGGAACACUUAAGAAAAAAAGAAAUCAAUGAUACCACCUAAUAGAUUGCCUAGUUUGGCUGAUACAUCAUGUUUGUUAAAUAUUGCACGGAUUAACUCAGUGUAAUAAUGGAAACACGUCUAACACAAAAGCUAUAUUCAUGAAGGAACUUUUAUAGACCUUCUCUGAGACACGAGAGGGAUGCUGAAGUUUACGAUUCCAAAGUUCUGAGUUACACCAAAGGACAUGGUGGGUUUUUUUUUUUUACUCAUAUCCUCGUCGGCAAGAAAAAGGCACUGUGUGCCCACUCUCCCUCAUAGAUACAGAGUACAUUGUUGGGAUGAUGUGACCCAGGUAUGUGUAUGAAUUGAGAUGUAUUUAUUAUUCAUGCACUUACUUUCUGUGAUAUAAUUAUUAUUUCUCUUGCAUCAAUGUCAAGUAAAUAAUAUGUUUACUAUA